UGAAAUCAAUAGUUUAACCUUCCAUCUAGAUUUCAAGUCGAAAUUGUUUACGGCAUUGAAGAGUCUUUAAGAACCCCUAGUUCAUUUCUUAUGAUUCAACCACAAUACCCAAAUAAAUUAAGACGAUAUCCUCACUUUAAGCUACAAUGGAGUCUUUAGAGACUAUCCAGGCUCGGCAUCGUAAAGAACAGCGCGAGCUGCAAGCGCGAAUCACGAAUAAGAAGAAGAAUGCGACAAAAAAGACGCGAAAGGGUGUUAAUGAUGAAUGUGCCGAGCUUGAGAAGCAGUUAAAAGAGAAGCAGGAACAAGAGAUUGCUGUGAUAAACGGAGACUCCGGCUACGAGGGACGUGCAAUGGGCGAAAUAGAGGAACAAGAACAACAAGAACAACAAGAAGCGUUGCAAGACCAGAAUCUCAACGGAGACACGACGAAUGGAAUAAUGAAGCAAUUCAAAGAUACAAUCAUCUCCCCGCCACCAGAAUCCGACCCCGCGACACAACAGCAGCAGCCCAAGAAGCGGAACCGCCAAAAGGAGCGAAUGGCGCGGAGGGCAGCAGAACAAGAAGCAGCCACCAUAGCCGCCGAGCAGGAGGCAGCCAACAUGACAGACCACCGGAAAAUCGAGAAGACAUACCUGCUCAAAGAAUUCAAGGCCAACAACCUAGUCGAGAAGGAGAUACAGCCAGACGGGCACUGUCUAUUCUCCGCCAUAGCAGACCAGCUACAAACGCGAGACAUACCGCUCGGCCCGGACACCGAAACAAAAGGCAAGCCGCCGUACAGAGUAGUACGGCAGGCAGCAACGGACUACAUGGAAGCGCACGCGGACGACUUCGCGCCGUUCUUGGAGGAGCCGCUGGACACGUACGUGCCGAAGAUCCGGGACACGGCGGAGUGGGGAGGCCAACUCGAGUUAUCGGCGUUGGCGAACGCGUACGGUGUCGAGAUCAAGGUGCUGCAGGACGGGCGGACAGAGACCAUCGAGCCGAGCACGGACAAGGAGGGCGCGGAGAGGCAGAGGAUAUGGCUGGCAUAUUAUCGCCAUGGGUACGGGCUUGGGGAGCAUUAUAAUUCGCUGCGGAAGGUGGAUUAGAAUAUUAAAAAAAAAGGAAAGAAAAGGAAAACAUAGAAAAUAAUAAUAAAAUGGAAGAGAACUUGGGGCUCUAGACAGGUACUUGCUCCUCCUAAGAGUACGUGGCUACGGUAUACAUCUACAUACCUUGGCAUGAUCGAAAUUAUUCGUCUUGAGGUACGUAGGCCGUACGAUUUAUACAUAUAUUGUUGGCAUCUACGUAUAACUACUAAAAAUGGUCACCGAGAUUCUAUUAGACUCUAUACGCUAUGAAAUAUAGGUCCAGUCUUCUCCUCGAACGCACGCCUCCGCGGAGAAUGAAAUGUCUUCCAUCGAAAGUUUCCUAGUAACAGCUUGAACUUAGACAGCCUCUCGUCGUCGUAGGCGAAUAUGUCCAUGCUGAAUAAAGACUUGGGAUGAUACAAUUACCAGAUAGAAAGUUCUUUCACGUAGGAGGUAAUGGGUAACAUACCGAAACGUAGCUUAGGGGAAGAUAGAAUAUGGUGACGAUUGUGAAUACUAUGAUGUACUGGUCCAAGACCGUCGCUCGUGAUGCCUCGCGCACUGAAGUAGCACUGGAGAGCUGUGUACACAAUCUUAUUAGCGAACUUUAGGAUAUCUGGCAAUUCCUGUAAAUCUUCCUUGG